AUGGAAAAGGAAGGAGGGCAGAAAGGAGACAACCAGACUCUGAUACGCCCAUCUGAUCCUGCCGUCGCUGACGCCGCCGCGCCGACCCUCAUGUCUCCAUCUUCCUUGCCCGCUUCUCAGUCCCGGGCCUCGUCUCUCCUCGCUGACCCUUCGGCGCCUUCGUCUUCUUCCCCCGCGUGUGACUUCGCCUCUGGGGGGUCGACGGCCGGCCCCGCGGCGCACGCAGCUCGCACUGCAGAGCUCCUCCGCCUGAUUUUUUCCUCGGCCUCCGCGCCUGCGCGAGCCUUCCGGUUUGUCCCCUUCCGCUCUUCGUCGUCCUCCUCGGGGACUACGGGCACGCGUGGGGCUGCGGGGGCCGCGGAAGACCGUGCAGUGGGGGGCCCGCGGGCCAAAUGCACCCAAGAGUCCCCACAAAGUGUCUCUGACUCGGGAGGUGACCCGCGUGCUUCGCCUGGCAAACCAGACGCCGACGCGGCGUUGAAAGCUCUGCAAGCGCAUCUGCGACAGGCAAGUCUUGCUAGCGCGGAUGACGGCUCCUCUGAGAAAAGUCUUUACGCGGCGUUCUCUCGUGUAGAAAGUGGAGACCGACGCUCUAACACCUUUUCGAAAGACGAGUCUCCUCGCCUAGGCGGCGCGCCUGUCGGCGCUGAUACGCAGGCGCCUGUACCGAGCCCUUCCAGGCCGUCUCUGGCUUGUUUGACGCCUGCCUCUGCUUUAGAUUCGUCGUCGUGCGCCUCGGCCUCAGGGAGUCGCUUCUCCGCGUCGUCGUCUGAAGAUACCGCGUCUGCCUCCGCCUCGGUUUCUGUCCUGCGCGGCGUCGCCACAUCCGUCACUGCCGAUGCUUCAGCGCGAGGAGGCGUAGACGGCCUGCCGGAAGGCGUUGCUUCUGCAGACGCGCGCGAUCUUUCCUCUGUGUCUUCUGCAUCUGCAUCGCUCGACAGCCUCACGCAGCAGGCGAGAAUGCGGAACUUUUCGGGGGCGCCGCAGGCGUCCGCGAGGUCCAGGCCCGGCUUGUCGCUUCCUCUUGGCGCGCUGCCGGCCUCUGCUGCGGCUGCGCUGGUCUCUGUCAAGCCGCGCGUCCCUCCUGGGCUCGCCGUCUCUUCCAGCCAGCUCGCGCAGGCCGCGGCGUCGGUCUCGCCCCUUCCGGCCUCCGCGUUCCCCGCGGAGACUGCGCACCGGGCGGGCGGCAGAGAGGUCGAGGGCGCCGCUGCGGCGGUCUCAGAGUUCGAGAGAGACGUCGAGAACCCUGCCUGCACCGAAAAGGCGCUCCGCGCGCUUCUGCAGGAGUGGCCGGUGCUCUCGCCGGCAGCCGUGGCGGAGAGUGUCAAGCGGCGGCAAGCAGAAGAGGCGCGAGCCGCGGAGGGGAAGAAGAGGCCCAGAAGCGACGGGCGGAGGACGCUCGAGCGAGACGACGAGCUGGACGGCAGCCACUCUCUCUUCCAGGAGCGCGUCGCGUGCUUUUCCCGCCUCAGCCAAGAGCUGCGAAGGACGCUGCGGUUUGAGAAGGAGACGACGGAGAGCGAAGAAGACGCCGAGAAGCCAGACGGGAGCAAGGACGACGCAGAUAGCGAAAGCGCCGCACACACAGAGGCGGAGGGAGCGAAAGCCAAACGCCAUCAAGCAGACAGGGAUUCAGACGAAAGAUGCGUCCGCGCAUUCGAUGACGCACUCAGCAAACUCCUGCGAAAAGUGAGCGAGGCACAGCGGCGCCAUCCAUGGAAGAAAGGCAGGCCGAGGGACGAGGAGGAAGAAGGCUAUGGGGAAAAAGUUGCGGUCCGCGCCAUCCGGCGGAGCUUCCUCUCUUCCUACCGCCCGCUGCCCCCUGCGCCAGCAAAGCCCAAGCGAGAAGAGGCAGGCGCUGGCGGCGCAUCUCCCCCUUCUUCACCUGCUUCCUCGGCUUCUCCUCCCUAUGGGGCUUCCUGGAGUCUCGCCUUGCCGGCGGAGACCGAAGAAGCCGCGUCGCUCUUUGCGCUCCUUGACGCAGCUCACACGCAGACUCUCGCGGUCCAACGCAAGUUCGCUUCCGACCAGGAGCGCCCGUCUCCCUCUGUCUUUGCCUCCUCUUCUUCUGCCGCUUCUUCUGCCACUUCGUCUCCUUCCUCCACUUUUUUUGCGUCACCGUCUCCUGCAUCCUCGUUUUCUGCCUCCUCUUCGUCUGCCUCCCCGCCUUUGGCCUCUUCUGCGAGAUCUGGCUCGACUGCUGGCACCCCGCCGGCGCAGGCGCCGUCACCCGCAGGCAUCACUGUGAAGGUGCGGCACAUCAACGAGGGCGUUAGCGACCUUUCGCUGUGGAUGCUGGGUUCUGCGCACGCGGCGGCCUGGCGCGCAGGCAUCCGCGAUGAGUUGCUUCGCGAAGCGAGUUCUGGCGAGCAGAGAAAAGAGGCUGAGGGCGGAGGAAGCGCGAGAGGGGAGCCGGCUGCGGCGAGUGGCGGCGCCGAGGACGCGCAGGAGAAGGUGCGGAGAGAGGAGGAGCAUCUUCAGCGCCUCAAGGAUGUCUACGUGGGAACCGUUCGAAAACUGCAGAGGCUCAGCCCCGACGAACUCAUCGAGGGCAGUUUCAUCAUUGACAGAGUCAUUGGACCUGAAGAGAUUCAACGCACUAUCAUGUUUGGCCGCCACGGCCGCCGCGAAUUUCUUCAGGUGUUGGAGCGCCCCGGCGUCGUCGUUCGUGGCUGGGUGGUUCGCUGCGAUUCCAGCCGCGCGCUUCUCCUCGUUCGACUCGUCGCCGCUGAAGUCUAUCCGCUACCAGAAGACGUGGCGGCUCCGUCUGCCUCCACGACCUCGUCUUCGCCCGCGCCCACUCGCGAGGCGGCGGCUCGUCCCGGCGCCGGCCCGCCGGCUUCCGCGUCUGCGGCGGCCUCCGCGUCUCCAGUCUCCGCGAGUCGGCGGCGCCUCCUGAGGACUGAGUGCGACAUCGGCAGCAGCGGGCUCUACGGCGCUCUGCCGCUCGCGGCCAUUGGUCCUUACGAGUGCAAGGGCGGGCAGGCGAGCGGGUGCGUAGGGCGCUUUUUGCCAGUAGGAACAGCGAUCCGCGCGUGUCUGGCGGACUUUCAGUCGGCGUCGAGUUCUCCGUUUGGGCGCUCCGGCGCUCCGGGCGCGAAGCCGUCCGUGAGUUCGCGCGCGUCCUCCCCUCGAGCGAACGAGAGUGGCGCCGACAACGAAGGUCGUUUGGAUGAUGCGACUUUGAACGACGCCCACGCUCACGUCCUUCUCACGCUGCGGCCGCCCUUGUACCUGGCAGCUCCCGACUCGCCAGUGCCUCUGCAGAAGCCACUCGGUUUCACGGCGGCGCAUCAGCAGGACUCGCUGUUCAUGCGUUGCCAGUAUGAGGACUACUUCCCGAUCGUCGCUCUUCAGCCGCCGACGCUGGCGACGGCGAAGGCCUUGUGUGCGGAGUCGGCGGCGAAGGAGGGAGAGGCGGGGACUGGGGUGCUGCGCCUGCGUCAGGGGUCUUCAGGGCCGUCUGCGUUUGCUUUCUCGUGGUGGGAUGGCGGCGCGUCUCUGCUUCGCCAGCGCCUGCCGUUCAUUCUCUUCAGCGAUCCGCGCGUGAAGAACUACGGAGGCCUUGGGCACAAGCUGCGGCUCUUUGACCUGCUUCGCUCGCACUUUUUCUCCUUUGCGCUCUCCGCUGGAGUCUUCCCGGCGACCUGCCGCUGGCGAAAAACCGCCGCAGAGGCUGAGCGGGAGCUCCAGCAGCGCCGCGAAGAAACGAGGCGACUUGAGAAGGAGCGACGCGCGCUGCUGCGGGAGAGGCGCAGGAAGGCCGCAGAGGGAGAGGGCAGCCAGCCGUCCGCGGAAGAAGACGAAGAAGAGCCGCACGACGCAGAGGAAGACCGAUACUUGGGCCUGGGAACGUUUUUGACGGACGAGCAGAGCAACCAGUGGGCCCAGCAGCGCCUGCAGCAGGGCGUCGCUGCGGCCAGGAAAGGCGACCUGGGCGCGGCGAUGGAGUGCUACGAGGCCGCCCUGCUCCUGAAGCCCAAGUACAUUGACGCACUCGUAGCCCGCGGCGCCGCGCACGCGAACAGGCUCGACUACGAGAAAGCCCUAGAAGACCUGAAUGCCGCGCUGGCUCAGGAGCCGCAACACCCCAAUGCCCUGAAGUACCGGCGAAUCGUGCUGCUCCGGAUGGCGAACCAGAAGAAAAGCGAAGAGGAGGCCUCAGGCGCGAAGAAAACUGCGGGUCACCGUGCCGCUAGUCGGACACCCUCGCCCACAACGACUCGAGCGAAGAUGCCCCCGCAGGGCCUUCCCGCGACCCCGGCCUUGCCCGGCGGCUCUCGUCUUGGAGCCCAAGAGGUAGACCAGCCGCAUGUGCCGACCGCCGUGAGCUUGGCCGCCGGGGGGGGUCAGCUGGCGGCGGCGGGCGUGGCUGCGGGCGCGCAGGGCUUGGGCGCGACUUCGGAGGUGCAGCCCGCGGCAGGUUUUAGCUCGACGCCGAGACCAACGGGAGGCUUCAGUUCAGCUCUAGCAAGCGGUUUCUCCUCAGUGCCGACGAAGGGUUUUUCCUCGGCGCUCGUGGGUGUGGGAGGCUUCAGCUCGGCUCCGAGCGGCUUCAGUUCGGCGCCGCCUGGAGGUUUCAGUUCCGCGCCUCUCUCUGCAGGUGGGUUCAGCUCGCGCCCGCCGACCGGCGUGCCCUUCAACGCCUCUGUGGCGGCAGCAGCCGCAGCGAACGCGGCUGCAGCGGCGAGCGCCAUCAACCUCGCAGCUGCCGAGAAGGAACGAGCGCGGCUGUUGGCCCUGCAGGGCGACAAAAGGCUGUCUCUUUUCCGAAACGUGACUCAGAAGGAGCUGCUGAUGAAACAGCAGCUGGCGCAUGCCAUGGACCUCGAGCAGAGAGUCCGCGAGAAGCGCCUUCGCGCGGAGCAAGAGGCCGCCCAGAACCAAGCCGCGGGAGACAAAAAGAAAACUCGGCCAAGUGAGGACAGGCAGACGGGCUCACGGAGGGCCCGCCAUGAAGGGACGAGCCAGCAGUGCGUCGGCGUAGACGAAGCAAGGAAACGCCGAGGCCAGUCAAUCCAGAAUGUGCAUGUUCACUUAUGUGUAUGUGUGGAUAACGCAAACACUGUACGGGCACGUCUACCGUGGUAG